AUAUAUACCCCAACACAUCCAUCUACUCAUUCUUAAAAAUUACGAAUGGAUUCAUUCUCUGAUAGGCAUGAUUUCUCAUUAGUGGAUAGUCGUGAACGUCAACGUCAGCGUAGUGUUAAUCAAGCAUUUGCCGAGCUCAGAUAUAUCCUACCUACACAUCCACCAGAUAAAAAAUUAAGCAAACAUGAAAUUCUACGCCUCAGUAUAAAAUAUAUUCAUAUUUUAGAAACUAUUCUCAAGUAUCAAGAAGAAGUAGAAGGACGUUUACCUAUUUCAAGUAUAUCACAUAUUUGUACAGCAACAACAACAACAUCAUCGUUAUCAAAAUCCAAAUAAACAAUCAUUUUCAAAAUAUAUACUACUUAUAAAUAUUAAAUUAAUAUAGGAUUCUUAUGUUCAUGUUCAUGUGAAUUUAUUCUUAUUUCUUUUAUUUCAAUUACUAUCAAUAUUCUGUUGAGAAAAAAAAUUGUCCUUUCAAAAUGAUAUAGGGAAUUAUAUGUAUAAAAUUUUCCUUUCAUUCAUAUAGAACUUAAUUUUGCCAUUGUUUCUUUUAUAUAUGUAGUUGUUUUUUUUAACAUUUAAACUCAUUUUAUAUUCCAGACUUGUUAUUGUUACUGUUGG